AUGGGGCUUAACCUUCUGAGGAUGUUGGUCCAGAAUAGAAUUGCGGAGUUCCACACUGAGCUGGAGCCUCUGCCCACCAAAGCGCUGGAGAAUCCUUGCAUCAAGCACGCGGUUGAGCUCGAGCAGUCCCUUAUGGAGGGCGCCUACAACCACGUGCUGAGUGCUCGACAAGCUGUGCCGCAUGAAAGUUACGUAUACUUCAUGGACCUUCUAGCCAAAAGAGUAGUUAGAGACGAAAUAGCUGGGUGCAGCGAGAAGGGAUAUGAUUACUUGUCGAUAAGUGACGCGAAACAAAUGCUUAUGUUCAGCUCUGACGAAGAACCACAACAGUACAUCUCAGAGGAACACCCCGAGAGGGAUGUUAGGAAUGGCCGGGUCUUCUUCCAGAAGGCGAUGGAGUCUCAGCCCUGUAAGGAGACACCGGCGAUGCCCGCCAUGAACAAGACCCUUGGCUGUGCGAAGGAAUUCGAAAGGACAGUGUAA